AUGGCUUCAAUCUCUAGUGUUGGUUUCCUUCAAAGAUCAAGAUUGUGUUCCUCGUACGAACAGCGAAACCGAAGUUUAUUGAACCCGAUUCUACAUAGAAGUAGAUCACAUGCUACUUCGAGAGCAGUUACUAAUUCGGAAUUCUCACCACUCUCAAAUAAUUUAAUCUUCUCUAAACCUCUUGUAAUAGAAUCUUCGUGCAAGAACUUGAUCAGAAAUCCCGGAUUGACCGAAAUCUUGAAUAAACGUCGCUCUUCGUCUAACUUUGUCGUUACUGCAAAAGCUUCUGCUGCAGAUGCAGAGGGUCAUCGUGAGAUAGUUGCGAUUUCUAAAGGAUUUGCAGAGAGAUUUCCAGCUCUAGUUACAGGAUUCUUCUUCUUCACAUGGUAUUUUCUGAAUGUUAUAUUCAAUAUACUGAACAAGAAAGUCUACAAUUAUUUCCCAUAUCCCUAUUUCGUCUCGGUAGUUCAUCUUCUGGUUGGAGUAAUAUAUUGUCUGGUUAGCUGGUCUAUCGGUCUACCAAAACGAGCUCCAAUCGACAAGAAACUACUGAGCCUUCUCACUCCGGUGGCUUUCUGUCACGCCCUCGGACACGUUAUGUCUAACGUAUCAUUCGCCGCUGUUGCUGUCUCUUUCACACAUACCGUCAAAGCAUUGGAGCCAUUUUUCAGUGCAUCUGCUUCACAGUUUGUUUUAGGACAACAAAUUCCCCUGUCCCUAUGGCUGUCAUUAACCCCUGUUGUCAUUGGUGUAUCAAUGGCAUCCAUGACCGAGCUUUCGUUUAACUGGAUAGGCUUCGGUAGCGCAAUGAUUUCGAAUGUUGCAUUUACUUACAGAAGUAUUUACUCCAAGAAAGCAAUGACAGGAAUGGAUAGUACAAAUGUAUAUGCUUACAUUUCGAUAAUAGCCCUUCUGGUUUGUCUUCCACCGGCAAUUUUCAUCGAGGGUCCGCAGCUAAUGCAGCAUGGAUUCAAAGAUGCAAUAGCGAAAGUUGGGCUCAACAAGUUCUUGUCUGAUCUUUUCUGGAUUGGAAUGUUCUACCAUUUGUACAAUCAGGUAGCUACAAACACGUUGGAAAGGGUUGCGCCUCUUACACAUGCCGUAGGCAAUGUGUUGAAGAGAGUGUUUGUGAUUGGGUUUUCGAUUAUUGUUUUCGGUAAUAGGAUCUCCACACAAACUGGGAUUGGAACUGGAAUUGCCAUAGCAGGUGUCGCGAUAUAUUCACUCAUCAAGGCUAACAUGGAGGAGCAAAAACGGGUAAGAGAAAGAAAAAAAUCUUCUUUUUCUUCCAAACGAAAAAUAGGAAAAAUGGCUUAUAGAUAUUUCUGUCGUUUCAGAAGGUUGCUCGAGCUCAUGAAUCAUGAGAGGCUCGUAACAGCCGAACCAGACGAAAUUCACAUACAAUUUCUUACAAAUUCGUGCAAUAAAGGAAAUAGCAGGAUAGAAUAUUCUGCAAGAUUUCAACGACCGCAGCAAAUUUCCAAGAUUACGCUUUCGUUGCAGAACAAAAGGCGUAACGAGGCUUGCACUCUUGUUUUCGUGCAAUUUGUGCAUUAAUUCACUGGCUUAAUUUAAAAAUACAAAUCCGAAAUUUGUCAGCAUUUUUCAGUUGGUUUACAUUAUUCAUUCAGUCGUCUAAGUCAGCAUCGGAAAAAAAAUCUGACACGCUGACAAGAUCUCGGCAGAAACUAACUUUAAAUUGAAUAUCAAAACAUUAAUAAUGUCAAGAAGAAAACGGUAACCAGAUCAGCAAAAAAG